AUGGCGCUUUCUGGCAACCAUGGCGUUCUAGCUGUCCCUCUCGUGCUGGAGGCACGCAACGAAUUCACGGAGGCGGCCAAAGGUCUCGAACGCACUCUGAGCGGCAGCGGCUCGCAUCAAGCCGAGGUAGGUCUGGUGGAAAGACCCAGCACCACCAGCACUCUUGCGCAUGACCACGACCACCAGCCUGCCGUGGGCACUCCGCUCGUCCAUGGACCUGAUGGGAGCGUUGUGCCCAACAAAAAGCCCAUGACUUGGCAACGAAAGGCCAAAAUUUUCGGGCGAGUGCCAGAGCAGGUCGAUGUAACUUGACACCGCUCGGGUCUGGCGGUGCUGACUCGCCACUUCUUCACUGCAUGUCAUCCUUGCAGGUAUGCGGGACUGGGUGUGGGAGGUUUUGGUCUCGGCACCUACCACCUGAGUAAAGCGUUCAUCAAUGCCGACGAAGAGCGACGAAAGCAACGUCAAGCGGCGAAUGAGCAAGUCAUUGCUGACUUUAUCACCAACCUCAAAGCACAACGUGAGUAGUAGUGAUACCUCCUCCGAAAACACUCAGCCAGGGCACGUGCAGGUGCUGACGUUCUUCACGCCCUUCCGAACCUUCCCCGUCACCCAUAGAACCCGAUGGCAAGUCUUUCUAG